AUGGGCGUUGGCUGCGACAACAUCUGCGUCAAGGUCACCAACGGCGACCGCAGCCUCAACCUCCUCAAGAUUGACCAGUCUGGCGGUGCCUACGACAUCUCCUACGAUGCCUGGAACUACCUUGGCUUCGGCGAGGGUGCCGAGCAGGACCCCCACACUGGCGGCGGCAUCGCCAUGAACUACGAGUUCGUCGAUGCCAGCGAGUGCGCUGAUCUCAUGCACGGCGGCAAGCUGCCUCUCUCUGCUUCCAACAGCAUGAACUACGUCGCCAGCUGCAUGAGCGAGCCCAACAGCUGGGUCAACAAGAACCACCAGCUCAUCAACAUUGCCGACCCUCUCUGCAAGUACGGAUACGACGAGACCUGCUCUCUGGACCUCGCCAAGAGCAACCAGCCUUCAUGCCCUCACACCCUGGGUGCCCAGGUUGCUUACUCUGGCAAGGGCGUCACCAACAUUGCUUACGGCACCGGCAAGGCUGAGGCUGCUGCUUAA